AGCGAGUUGCUUCGUCCUCGUCACUCGCAUAAAGUGGCGGCUACUCGUCGCAGAUGAAGUCAGGCGUCACACGAUGAGUGCACUAGCAUGGAUCGACACGGCCUUCAGACGCUUGCGUGCUCGCGCGGAGCAGUACACCACUCUGCCCUCAUACAGCAACGGCAGUGGCGUCACUGCCUCUUUCCUGCCGACGUCGUUCCUUGAGCAGUGUCCCUGCGUCACCAGAUCGCAGCUCACGACAUCAGCAUGCGCGCUCCUCCUCUUCAUCAUCCUCUUCGCUUCCAGCCUCAGUCAGCGGCCUCCACCGGCGUACGAGUACAGAGGACUGCCCGUUCUCGCUCGGCAUAUGAAUCAGUCGACAUGCCAUGGCGAGUUCCCAGAUCUGUACCGAGAAGCCGAAAGAGCUGCACAAUAUUGGCGACACCGAGGCGGCAUCACUCGCGCUGCACUCGAUGCAGCAGACGCCCAAGCACACGCUCGCGUUCUCAUCAAGGACAACCAGGUCUAUUUGACCAAUUAUCGCGGCGGUAUCAACUCGCGCACGCUAGCAGCUCUGGCAAGUCUGAACGAAGCUGUCCUCACAGCAGUCGAAGAACUACCCGCGGUCGAAUUCGUUAUUCAGACAGAUGAUUCGGCUCCCAUUGCAGGCGCAGCACCUCGCUGGGUCUUUGCUAGAACAGACGAAGAGGACGAAUUGGCAUUGUGGCUCAUGCCCGAUUUUGGUCACUAUGCUUGGCCGGAACCGGGUGUGGGGAGCAUGGCAGAAGUCCAAGCCAAGGCUUCUGCCUUCGAGGCCGCUCAGACUUGGUCGAGCAAGAUUCCAAAGCUAUUCUGGCGCGGAGCGCUUGUCAACCCAUUACGAGACGAGCUCAUUCGUCUGAGCGAUGAGAACCGCGGAUCGUGGGGCGACGCCAAAGCUCUCGAUUGGGGUAGACUCGAAGGCGAGUUGAGAUCGCCCGCGCAACACUGUGCGUACAAGUACUUGGCACACGCUGAAGGGUUCGCAUAUUCGGGUCGACUCAAGUACAUACUCCAAUGUCGUUCAGUCGUCGUCAUGCACAAGCUGCGGUAUACCCAGCAUUUCCACCACCUGCUCAAUUACACAGGACCGCAGCAGAAUGCAGUCCUGGUCGAAGGUCCGGGCUGGCAAGGUCUCGAACUCGUCAUGCGCGAUCUUAUGGAGCACGACGAUCAUACACGUCAUCUCGCCCAACACUCCUUCGAGUACUGGCACAAGUGGCUCAGUCCGCCUAGCAUAGAUUGUUACUGGCGACAACUCUUCUGGGAGUGGUCAGCGCUGCAACGUUUUACACCAGAGCUGACGGAUGAAUUUGUGCCCUAUGCUUCCUUCGAUCUGAUGAGGGCCACCAAAUGGGAUAUACAUUAGCAGUAGCAACCACAUGAGCAGGAACAGAGAGUCAGUGCAGAAACAAGGAACUCGUGCAAUUUGCGUGUUGUUGACAACAAAAAUGUGCAAAAGAUCUAUUGAUCGUCCUUCUCGAAGCAUCUGCUGGGUAUCAUGACCUCGCCUCGCAUAAUCUCUCUAGCCGUCCGUGUCAUGAGUACCGCCGUUGCUGCUCCUUCUCCGCUCACCACUACUGCAGACUCUGCCACGCCGGCUGGGUGACCGACACGUAUUCUCUGGACUGCUUGGUCGUUUGCCAGGCAGAGACUUUCGACCAGUGAGCCCUUUAUGCUGCGUGCAACCGAUAGAGCGGUCAGAGUUGUCCCAGGCACAGAUCGAUGGGCAUC